AUGGGAGCAGCUUCGUCUACAUUACUUGAUUCCCUUAUGGAGGGAACCAACUUCGAUAGAGAUGAAAUCGAUCGUAUGAAAAAGAGAUUUAUGAAAUUAGAUAAAGAUCGUAGUGGAACUAUAGAAAAAAAUGAAUUUUUAGCCAUUCCAGGUAUUUCCAAUAAUCCUUUAGCUGCUAGAUUAAUGGAUGUUUUUGAUGAAGAUCAAAGUGGUACCAUUGAUUUCCAAGAAUUUAUUUCAGGCUUAUCAGCUUUUAGUGGUAAAACUUCAAAAAUCGACAAAUUAAAAUUUGCUUUCAAAGUUUAUGAUAUUGACAGAGAUGGAUAUAUUGGUAAUGGAGAAUUAUUCAUAGUUAUGAAGAUGAUGGUGGGUAAAAACUUACAAGAUAAAGAAUUACAACAAAUAGUUGAUAAAACGAUGAUGGAAGCUGAUGAAGAUGGUGAUGGAAGAUUAAGUUUUGAAGAAUUCAAAAGAGCUGUGGAUUCAAAAUCUGUAGCUUCUUCAUUAACAUUAAACAUCAUAUGA